AUGGUGGCUCCGAGAGCUUUAGCGAUUUCGGCGGCGCACCUGCAACCAAGUGCAGAUGAGACGACUCUCGCCAAGCUAGGAUACAAGCAGGAGUUUCACAGGGAAUUCACACCGCUAGAGGUGGCUGGACUUGCAUUCAGCUAUGUUGGAGUGGUUCCUUCUUUAGUCUCCGUGCUCUUCUAUGCCAUACCAAAUGGUGGGCCUUUCGCCAUGGUUUGGGGUUGGGCAGUUGCUUGCCCCUUUAUCAUGUGCAUCGGGUUGGCAAUGGCAGAGCUUGCAUCAGCAGCCCCUACUUCUGGUGGUUUAUACUAUUGGACUUACUCGCUUGCUUCUCCACGAUGCCGUAAUUUUCUGUCGUGGAUAGUUGGUUAUUCCAAUACCAUAGAGGUCAUCACAGCAGUCGCUUCCGCAAGCUGGGCUUGUACGAUUCAAAUCACUGCAGCGAUCAGUAUUGCCUCCUCUGACGAGGCAUAUACUACCAACUGGCAGCUCUAUGGUAUAUACGCAGCUUUGGUUUUGUCACAAGCUGUCCUCGUGAGCUUUGGUACCAAGGUUUUGGCAAGGCUACAGAGAUUAUUCACAUUGGUGAAUGCAUCCCUCUGCUUCAUAGUCAUCAUUGCGCUUCCGAUCGCAACGCCACCUGAUUAUCGAAACAGUGGAAAUUUCGCGCUAGGGGAUUUCACCAACUUGGCCGGCUGGCCAUCUGGAUUCGCAUUUAUUUUGAGCUUAAUGGCUCCCCUUUAUACAAUAGGUUAG